GUACGGAUUCGAGGUUAGGUUUCGGAUUCCGGCUGGGCCCAAACGCGGACGUGCAGAUCCAGCUGGAGCUGGGCCCGCAGACGAACACGCAGCCGAUCGGCCCCAACGCGGAGGCCCCGGCCUCGAGCAAGAAGCGGCAGACGAACCAACCCCCCGGGGUCCGCGCCCCCGCUCCCCCGCAACCCCCGCGGGAGACGACCAAGGGCCAGUGGAUCGACUCGUGGCAGUCCACCAUGGCCGACUCGCCCUCCCUCGACAAGGAGAAGCUCCUCGCCUACGACCCGACCAAACGCCAGGAGGGCAUCGUCAACCACCUCAGACAAUUGUACAAAGAGAUAGAUACUAAUAAACAAACUGACAGCUGAA